AAUAGCAUUACCUCCCAAUUAAGGCAAUAUAUAGCAAUUAGGAUGCCGCAUUGAGAAAAACGUUGGCAUAAAUUUUCACGACCAAAAAUGCCGCCUGCUUCCCUCGCCAUCCUUCUCGCUCUCGCUCUCCUCCUCCCCACCGCCAAAGCCACCUCCAUCGCCGUCGAAAGGCACGUCCCUCCCCUCGCUUACAACGACGGCGAUCUCCUCACCGGCAACAUCGACAUCGCCAUUUUGUGGUAUGGCAACGUCACCAAGGUGCAGAAGAACAAGAUCCUGGCCUUCCUCAAGUCCAUCAACGCAGAAAGCGCGCCCCAGCCCAACGUCAACUCCUGGUGGAAGGUCGUGGAGAGCUACCAAACCUUCGCCAGAAAACCACCGGGUCCCAUGCCAGUGAAAGUCGUGGCCCAGAAGGAAGACCCCGGCUACUCGCAGGGCAAAGUCUUGAUUAAGGACAUGAUCAUGGCACUCAUCCCCGGCCUCACCGGCGGCAACAACAACCUUCUCGCCGUCAUCGUUGCUUCCGACGGCGUCACCGUCCAAAACAUGUGCGCCGGCAGCUGCUGGCAGCACGGCAGUUUGACUAUAAACGACAAGCCGCAAGCGUAUGUGCUGGUGGGGAAUCCAGAGAACGAGUGCCCGAUAUGCGCGUGGCCUUUUGUGAAGGACGUGCACGCGCCGAGAGGGUCGCCGGUGCUGAGGCCGCCGAGUUCGAACCUGGGGGCGGACGCGAUGGUGAUGUCGCUGGCCGGGGGGUUGAUGGGAGCGGUGACGAACCCGCACGGGGAGGGGUUUUACGUGGAAUACAGGAACGAGGAGGUGGACGCGACGGCGUCGUGCAAGGGGGUGUUUGGAAGCGGAGCAUCGCCGGGAAACCCAGGGAAGGUCUUGUUGGACCGUCGGAAUUUCGGAUCGUUCAACGUGUAUGGCGUGGCACGCCACAAGUUCUUGAUCCCCGGAGUGUGGGACCCCAGAAGCCAGUCGUGCUGGACUCCUCAGUAAUUUAGUUCUGUUCCCGCCCUUCCUCAUAUGUAUGAUUCUUUAAUUUUUUUUUAUUUUUUUUUGAAAAAAUUCAUUUGAGGUGGACAACUUUAUUAGGAGAUGGCAAGCAAUGGGGCCAACGCGAUAGCAA